AUGCCUACGUAUUUCAUGGAAGAUAAAGAAAAUCAAAUGUCCAAUUUAACCAACAGCAAAUAUAAUUUUGUUCCACCAGUAAAUGGAUCUAUUGAUGCUGCCCUGUCUACACUGGCUUUUCACAGAAAGAUGAUGAACGAGUACCAUUGUCGUAAUUACGUGGCAGAACAAAUUUUAGAAGAAAUGGGCAAAAGCGCCUUGCAAAAUCGUGUAGGUAUACCAUUUCAGUGGCAAGACUCUAAAUUAUUUACGAAGAGAUCACAAGACGUUAGAAACAAUUUUUUGUACGAUAUAGGAUCUGCUAAUUACCAAGAAUGGUUGGCCAAGGUAGCAUCUCUGAAUGAUGUUAAUCGGAAUAAUAACAAGGCAGCCAAUUUACAUUUUGGGAAAGUCAAUACGUCUGCUGCUGUGGCCACUCCACACACUCCUAAUUUACAAACGAGAGAAGGUUACGAGGUGUACGAAGGUGGCGAAGUGAACUAUGCUGAACCCGGAAUAGUUGCUCAUGAUAUUGCCAAAUACAGUGGUGGAUACGAAUAUUCUAUGCCUCCUCCUCCACCGCCAAUGUACCAUCAAUCUAAGCCACGAGAUCACCAUACAGCAGAAGACGAAUAUGUCGUAGAACGUGAAUCGCAUGGGUUAGGACUAGCUGAUCUUUUUGAUGUAUCGCUUACUGGAAUAGCCUUUUUGUCCUUCGGAAUGUUUGUGCUACAAGUUUUAAUGUGUAUUACUACGAAUCCACAACAACCUCCCGUUAUGCAAAUAGAUAAUGGCGGUGAUUCAGUGAACAUUGAAGAGGUCUUUCGAGUUAAAAGGGAUUCUCAAUUGCAUUACACGCGGGAGGAAAAUGCAACUCCAAUUCCUGAGCAGCAAGGUUCAAUAUCGACAAUGAACACGCUUGUUCGUUACGCCUUGAUGGCCGCAAAACCACGUUCAACGGCUUGUCUGUACAGAGUACUGUGCUUAGGAAACAAGCUCGCAAGAGAUCUUCGCGAUGGUAAUCGCUUCUGGUUGCCUGUCUGGCAGUGA